GGUGUAGUCACAAUCUUUGUUACGGCUCGCCGAGACUAACAGCAGAUCACUUCACGAGAGGCUGAGCGUUGGUCUUGGCGGACAGGCAGCAAUCACCUACACACGCCCGUGGAUACACGAAGAUGGCGAUGUCCAAAAGUGCAAAUACUUAUAACAGACAAAACUGGGAAGACUCUGAGUUUCCCAUUUUGUGCCAAACAUGCCUUGGGGACAACCCUUACAUUCGAAUGACAAAGGAAAAAUAUAGCAAGGAGUGCAAGACCUGUGGUCAACCCUUCACAGUGUUCCGUUGGUGUCCUGGGACCCAAAUGCGAUUCAAGAAAACUGAGGUGUGUCAGACUUGCAGCAAACUAAAAAACGUUUGCCAGACCUGCCUUUUAGAUGUAGAAUAUGGCUUACCUGUCCAGGUGCGUGACUCAGCCUUGAAGCUACAAGAUAGCAUGCCGAAGUCUGAUGUUAAUAAAGAAUACUACACUCAAAACAUGGAGAAAGAGAUUGCUAAUACUGAUGGAAUUUUGCCUGUAAGAGCUCUGACAGGCAAAGCACAAACACCUACAGACAUGCUGCUGAAGCUGGGAAGAAAAACUCCUUAUUACAAAAGGAAUCGGCCUCACGUUUAUUCUUUUUGGUAAGGUGAAUGUAAAAGAGGCAAGGAGUGUCCUUAUAGACACGAAAAACCAACUGAUCCUGAUGAUCCAUUGGCCGAUCAGAACAUUAAAGACAGAUUCUAUGGCAUCAACGAUCCAGUAGCAGAGAAGCUUUUGGUUGCUACAACUCCAUUACCCAAGCUGGAGCCACCAGAAGAUAAAACAGUUACCACUCUGCAUGUUGACGACAAAGCUGGGGAAAAGUAACUCAGGUGGAGAGUUUAUCCUAAUGCUACUUAGUAACUCUUGCUAAGCUGUUAGUAGAGAAUGGUGAUUGGACAUGUUGCUAGUUUUGAUGGUCACAUUAAAGACAUUUUUGAGAAAUUUAAAA